CGUAGACCGAAGCUGAGUCUGUCUUGGGUGCACUGAUAUGCGCAUUACAGCUCUGGUUGAAGCAUUCGCUUAAGGAACUACGGCAGAGAACGGGUUCCGUACGUCCAAAACCAAAACAAACCCCGCACCGGGUCGGAACUGGAAGCAACGGGGGGUUUACCCACUGACGGCGAGUGACUCGUCAGCGAACGUGAAACACCCAUACCACGGCGCGUGCGAUGCAGCAGCGACGACGAUGAAUCACUAUUUAUCCGUGUGGAGGAGCACUAGACAAACUGCGCCACCAGAAGUGAUCCGGACCGAAACUGAACGAAAGCGAGAAGUAGCCGGGAACGGCCACCGUUGGCAGUUAGGUUCGGUUUUUGGGUGGCCUGCGUUUUUUUAAGUUUUUGAGUGCUUCCGCGGCUUAGCCGCUCGCCAGCCGCUAUGUCCAAUUUAUAUUUGCUUCCCAUUUCCGUGUUUCUGCUGUUCAACUUUACCUUCAUCGGGACGUACAUUGCGGCGGUGCUUCAGGGCCAUGUGGUUCCGACGGUGCCGUAUAUCAGCGAUGCCGCGACCUAUUCGCCGGAAAGCUGCGUCUUUGGCCAAUUUAUCAGCAUGGGCUGCGUAUUGCUGGGCAUAACUAUAUACGUGCGGUACCGGCAGAUACAGGAGAUUUCGUUCCGCCAUAGCGAUGUGCGACAGGCACUAGGGAACUAUAGCAAGACUGCCUUUUGGAUCGGCAUCGGGUCCUGUCUUGGGAUCAGCAUCGUCGGUAACUUCCAGGAGACAAACGUUCGCAUUGUGCACUAUGUCGGGGCGUUCCUGGCGUUUGGGCUGGGGACGGUAUACUUCUGGAUCCAGUCGUACAUCUCCUACUACAUUCAACCGUACAUGGGUUCGAUGGCAAAGGCGAACCUGCGCCUGGUGCUGUCCGUCGUGUGCACCAUCUUCUUCAUGAUCGUCGCCGUGACCGGAGUUAUUUCACACAUUCUCUUCAACGGGACCGAUCCGCGCAAGUGGUACCCAUCGGACGGUGGCUGGGAGUACCACGUGGCUAGUUCGAUCUCGGAGUGGAUUGUGGCGACCACAUUCUGCUUCUACGUGCUUACCUUCACCGACGAGUUUCGUACGAUGCGUUUCGCCCCACCACCGCUCAUCUUCCUCGAAAUCGAAUCGUCUCGUCUGUUCGAACCAGUCAUCAACGAUCAACCGGUGGCGGUUAUCUCGUGAUUUCAACCAUCCUACGGCGACCAUACCGAGCGGCCUAGCAGCAGCGCCAGCAACAGCAGCCACAGGCAAUCAACAUUCAACCGUAAGCGUUCGUACAGCGAAUCUGAUCUCCGCGCGUUCUGCAGUUCUAGUAUCACCGAUGCCGAGCGUCGCCCUCCGAACCAGCGCCAUAACUGUGUAACGACCGCCCACAAGCUAGUUUCACUGUCGCUGUCGCUGAUGCUUAUCGCCGUGCUAGAGUCGCUUCACUCUCUAACUGUUUACUUUAGUGACAGCUUGCGCCAAGGCUUUAUUUGAGUCGUCUUCGAAGGUUUUAUGUUUCUUUAGAGGAUUUGGGCUUUACUUUGUUCCUGUUCCCUGCUCCCCACAGUGAUACGUUUAUGUUUAGUUAUUAGCCAGGCUUUAUUACGUUUCUCGGCUACCACUUCGAUUUUUACCUGUAUUAUGUUUUAAAUUGAGCGAUUGUGGUUAUGAGAGCCGUGUGAGAAAUGCAAAGAAAACAUAAGCGCUGUAACUAGGUACUACUUUGCUGAAAAUGAAAAUUGGAAUGAUGGAAAUUGUUUGUUUUUUGAAAUAAAAACAAU